AGCUUCGAAUCGCAAGCUGGCGAAAAUGGCCGAGGUACAACCUUGUCUGAUAUGUGACUGGAAGAAGAACAAGGCGCAGCUCUCGGCGGCGGCGGGAUGCAGGCGUCGUCUCAUCGGUGCUGGACGCAAGGCGAAGUUCCCUGACAUGGAGAAGGAGAUGUACAACCGCUUCCUCUCACACCGUGCGCGCGGCUUGGCGGUGUCGGUCAAUUGUCUGCAGAAGUGGAGUGUUCAUGCGGAAGCGCCAUCCCGGUGUCGAUUGGCGUGCGUCAUCCCGUUGGACCUUCCGAUUCCGUACCCGUUGGGGAUUGACACGGCGCGUCAAAAUAAAGAUGGGCCAGCGCCUAACCAGCGUCGAGAAUUUCUGGGAGUUCGUACGCCAGAUGCGCACAGUCAACAAGUAUGCCAACGACUUGAUCAUCAACGCCGAUCAGACGCCUUUGUUCCUCGAGAUGCCCCAAGAGACUACACUAGAAGUCUGCGGUUCAAGGACUGUACAUAUUCGCACUGCUGGCUACGAAAAGGAGCGGUUGACCGUCAUGCUGGCGGUCACUGCUGGCGGGCAGAAGCUCAAGUCGUAUGUGAUCUUCAAGUGCAAGACGCUCCCGAAGAUUCGAGUCCCGCCAGGAAUCGUCAUCCGCGCACAGGAGAAGGGAUGGAUAGAUGAGGACCACGUUAAGGACUGCAUUAUGACGGUCCUCGUCCCCUUUCUGAAGCGACUUCCUACGAGUCGUGGCGGGCGGCAGAAGGCUCUCGUCGUCCUCGACUCCUACAAAGGCCACCUGACCGAGGGGGUGGCAGCAUUGAUGCGUCUCUUCAAACUCUCACGUGCCGUGAUACCUGGCGGCUGCACGCCGAUCGUCCAACCUCUCGACGUAGCUGUGAACCGAUGCUUAAAGGCUCAUGUCCGCCGGUCCUACUCAGGUUGGUUUGAGGAGUUCGGCUGCGACUCGACAAUUCCCGCAGGAAAUCUGAAGAAGCCCUCGGCGGAGGUGGUGUUGCAGUGCAUCGCGGCCGCCUGGAAGGCAGUCCCCGCCAACCUCAUCCGCAAGGCUUUCAAGACCUGCGGCAUCUCCAACGACCUCGAUUGCCUCGAAGACGACCUCAUUCUCGCCCACGUGCACGACAAGGCGGAGAUGGAGGUCAUGGACGAUGUGCACGCGGAGGUUGAGACGACCGGCGAGAAGACGAACCCCUUCUUCGAAGCCGAGUUCGUUGAGCCGACCGCCGACGAGCUCUCGAAGGACAAGAAGUGUGACGUCGCUGUCGACGUUGACCUGCCGCAGCAUGCACCAACGACACCUGGCGCGGCCGACGUGGCGGAAUCCUCUGCAAUGGCGGAGGCUCGACUUAACGCUGCAGCAGCGGCAGCAUCAGCAUCGACAACUCCAGCAGCAGCUGCAACUGCGGCUGAAGCGGCUGACACUACAGAGAGCAGCGAUGUGGACUCCGCAGAGAUGACGCCAGCGGCGGAGGUACUUGCUGGACUGGCCGCCUCCCGCUCGAAUGAAGAGUACGAUUGGGACGAUAUUGCAUCCGACGAUGAUGACGUUGAGGCUUGGCACGUUGGAGAUGAGGAUGACGAUGAGUAUUAGGUAAUGACUGAUGUCCCUAAUUGCUAACUGAAAGCCCUAUGACAUGAUCUAGGCCUUGCGCUAGUCACUGGAUGCUAUUCUGGCAUGCAACAAUGAGU